AAUCCUUCCCCGCCCAACGGACUCCUCUGUUCAGCACCGGCCAGCUCCCUCCGCCACCAUGGUAAAUUUGGGGCAGAUCCUAUGGGCUUAUCGCAGGUAUCUGAUGGCCAUCCUAUUUCCAGUUGUGCUGCUGCCUCUGCCCUUGGUGGUCUCAGGCAAGGAAUCCAAAUGUGCCUACGUUAUCAUCCUCAUGGCACUCUUGUGGUGCACGGAGACCCUGCCACUGGCGGUCACUGCCUUUUUCCCCCUCAUCCUCUUCCCCAUGAUGGCCAUCAUGGAUGCAUCAGAGGUUUCCAUCGAGUACUUCAGAGACACCAACGUCCUCUUCCUCGGGGGCCUCCUGAUGGCAGUAGCUGUUGAACACUGGAACCUGCAUAAGCGAAUCGCUCUCCGGGUCCUCCUCCUCAUUGGCGUGAGGCCAGCAUUCUUGUUCCUGGGCUUCAUGGCCGUCACGGCCUUCCUCUCCAUGUGGAUCAGCAACACGGCCACCACGGCCAUGAUGGUGCCCAUCGCCAGUGCCGUCCUGGAGCAGAUGCACAGAACCCCAGAGCAGAAGGACGGGGAGGCGGGCAGUGUUAACAUCUCCUUUGAGCUCCAGGAGCCUAAUUACCCUGUCACUGAGAAAGAACCUCAGAAGCUGUGUGAGAAGGAUAGCAGCCCUGUCCCGCCAUCAGUGCCACCGGAUCACCAUCGGAAGGAGAGAGAGCACCUCAAACUCUCCCAGGGCUUGAGCCUCAGUGUCUGCUAUGCUGCCAGCAUUGGGGGCAUGGCCACACUGACAGGCACCGCUCCCAACCUCGUGUUACAGGGACAAGUCAACUCGCUGUUCCCAGACAACCCCAGAGUGGUGAACUUUGCAUCCUGGUUCACUUUUGCCUUUCCCACCGUGAUCAUCCUACUGCUGCUAACCUGGAUAUGGCUCCAGAUCCUGUUCUUGGGAAUUAACUUCUGGAAGAACUUUAGCUGGGGAGAGAAGGCUCAUAAACAGGAGCAAGCAGCUUACCAAGUCAUCAAGGUGGAACAGAAGAAGCUGGGCCCCAUGAGCUUUGCUGAGAAAGCCAUCAUCUUCCUGUUCCUCCUCCUGGUGGUGCUAUGGUUCACCCGAGAGCCAGGCUUCUUCCCUGGUUGGGGCAAUGUGGCCUUUCCUAACCACAGUGGAGAAAGUAUGGUCUCAGACGGCACCGUGGCCUUCUUCAUCGGCAUCAUCUUGUUUAUCGUACCCUCUGAGCUCCCCAGCUUCUCCCAGCAGCAGGGCACCCAGGGGAAGUUCAAGGCCCCAGUCGCCCUCCUCAACUGGAAUAUCGUGAAUAAGAAAAUGCCCUGGAAUGUUUUCUUCCUGCUGGGUGGAGGCUUUGCCCUGGCCAAGGGCAGUGAGGUAGGCACCCCCACCCCUUGGCUGGGAAACAAGCUGACUCCUCUUCAAAGCAUCCCUUCUCCGGCCAUUGCCCUCAUCCUUUCUCUCCUUGUGGCUGCCUUCACCGAAUGCACCAGCAAUGUGGCCACCACCACCCUCUUUCUGCCCAUCCUUGCUUCCAUGGCCCAGGCCAUCUGCCUCAACCCACUCUAUGUUAUGCUCCCCUGUACCAUGGCAUCCUCUCUAGCCUUCAUGCUUCCUGUGGCCACCCCGCCUAAUGCCAUUGUCUUCUCCUUUGGGAAGCUCAAAGUGUGUGACAUGGCCAAAGCCGGAUUCCUUCUCAAUAUCCUUGGCCUGCUGACCAUCGCACUGGCCAUCAAUACGUGGGCCUUUCCCAUCUUUCAACUACACCAAUUCCCUGACUGGGCCCAGUCCAACAUCACUACCUCUUGCAAAGUCAACACAAGCUUUGUCAACCCUUAACCUCCCUGGGGAGGGAGUCUGCUCAGAGAGAAACCAGUGAUGCUCACUGAACCCAUAUUCCCAGGCCUUUCAACCUAGGAGUCUGGUCAGAGCUGGGGAUGGUGAAGAGGUACUCCCAGCAUUGAUGUGUAUGGGCACAUAUGUACAUAUGAGUGUGUUCGUGUUACAUAACAUGUAUGUAUAUCAGAGGGCACAUAUGUUCACGCGACAUGGUGUGUUUGCAUGGCACACCUGUAUGUGUGUUUGUCUGUCUGUUUGAUAGCCAAAUGAGGGUGUUUGGUGCCAACCUUUCGUUUGGUUUCUCAAAAGACAUGGCUGCAAGCCCCUUUUGAUUAUAUUUAUUGAGACUCUGAGGAGAGUCGGGUUGGGAGGACCUGAGUGACUUGAGUUUCAGCCCCUCUGCAAGGAGUUUAGCAAUUCCAGGACCUGGCUGGACAACUCCUCUCUUGAAGAGUCUGGGGGUGGGGUGGGAGAGAAGGGACAGAGGAUUUGCCUCAUUAAAGACUUUUCGGUAUUGUAGACUCUGCACUCAUUUAA